CACAAGUUCAGGCUUCCCGCGGGGUAAUUGAGUGGAACUAUAGCGGGAAAUUGUAGACCCAGGCACCAAAAAAAAAAAGUCGUGGUGUGUGGGCGAGAAUGAAUGAAUGCGAGAGCUGUGCAAAGAAUCUAAAGCCAGGCGCAAACGUGGUCUAAAUUAGAAUGUAUUCGCUUUUAGCAAUAGCUACGGCGAAAAAUAGAGAAGUUGACUAUUAGUUAGAUAAAUGUUAGGGACGAAACACGAUGGGCAACAGAGUUGCGCGCGCAGUCUCACUGUCAUCUUUCGCGGAGUUUAGACAAUCUGUAGAGAGAGCUUUUCCGCGUGUCGGCGACCGGCCGUAUGGUUCCACGCUUUGGGGACGAUGCUCGGGGAAGGUCGUUCCACUUGUCUGACUAACGUGCUCCCUUCGUGAAGGGAUAUCUUCGCGCUGGCAGCGUGAGUUUGGGUUUCGUGAUCAUUUUGUUGAUAGAGGUUGAGUUACUCAAGUUCUUGUCUAAAGAAAUUGGACUCAUCAUACCGAAAAGAGAUUGAGACUCUCGCGUCUCGAGGACAGUGUCUGAGUAUUUUGGUGCACGAAUCACAGGAACGACCUUCUCCCAUCGCCAUUCUCAAAAAGUGGACCCACUCAUAUUAAAGCUCCUAACUGUAUAAGCGCGGGGAAAUUCCCAGGAAAGUUGAUUGCGCCGCCGCAGCCAACCGAAAACGACAUCGAGGCGCAAGCUGUAGUGAGUCACGUUUUGGAUGACGUCUUCGAUUGCCACAGACGGCGUGGCAAUGGUAAAAACGCUUACUCGUGUAAGUGCUUCUGAAGUGAUGUAGAUGUAUUUGGACACCAUAAUAAAUGUUGUGACGUCGGGCACAUGGCAAAGAUUUAUCUUCCCUGUCUGAUGUGGUUGCUUUCUUACCGCUACCGUCAAUCUGUCUACCUCCGGACCCUUUCAUUGGUUCGGCUUUUCAGAUCCAGACCGUACCUUUGUGAGAAUUAGGUCAAUACUAUUUCGCCUUCCUUUCGCUCAGCUUGCGGGACGUUAACGCAUGGUGAGUGGAAAUAUCGCGAAUUUUUUGACUGCACGCCCGGGCGGGGUGAGGGAGGCGUUGCGACUUGCAAAAACCAAGCUGGUGAUGUCGAAAGAAAAAAAUUUCGUAAAUAUUCGAAAGCCAUUCCUAUCGCGGGAGGCGGAAGCGGUGGCAGCCAUGAGGGUGUGAAGGAGAUCGUCGUGCACCAAUUUGUGGAAGACUAUGCAGGGGCGUCGUGGGUAAAUUUUCAACACUAAGAUCCUAAGUAAGUAAGAUCUUGAAACCUUCAACGCCUCAGCAGGAGGCCGCGCAAGGUCCUUAGAAAUGUUCAGCGUGCCAAUGAAAAGACCCGGAGCUUAAUGGCCAUCAGGGCGGAGCUCCAUAGAUCGCCACAGGUGAGCGAUCUUCUGCUGUUCCGCUCUAGGUUCUUCGCGUGAGUAACUAAGUAGGUAGAAACUUUGGCUCAAGGAUAGAAAUGGCAGCGGUCAUUUCUAGGAUUUAUGCUGCUGGUUCAAGUUGUUAGAUCCUCAAGAGAGUGCAAGUUUUCGAAACUUGCGCUCCUCGUAUGAAAAAGGCUGACUCGAUGAUGACCAUCGCAGGCCACUGGCUUUGCGCGCUUUCUUACUUUGUCUGGCUACCGUUUGGCUCAAGACUUCGGCCAGGAUUUUAUUGGAUUUGAAUGGCGUGGGGAUUAGUAAAGCCCCUAGCGCGGAGUGGCGUCGCUGAUUGUUCUCUCCCCGGUUUUCCCUGUAUUAUAGACUUUAAUCAAACGACAUCGGUAGGCGUCGCAAGUGGUGGACUCGCUCCCGUGGUAGAUAACCUAGGCAGAGUUAUAGCACCUCCUUUCGCGUAUCCCGCAUAGUUUUACUUGGGUACAUCGUGUCGCUCUUAACACGAAACAGAUUCCCGAAAUUUGUAAGGCAGCGGGACUCCUCACAUUUCAGCCGAAAAUAAUGCACGGCCCGAAUCUGCCGCCGUUUUAUGUCCAUGGCCGGCGGCCACUGCGCCAAGCUCAGCGUGCGUCUUUGACUACGGUCCCGGGAGAAGAAGCUCAUGAGGAUGGAGGCGCCCUGCGUUCUAGUUUGUCGAGCGGGGUGGGGACAGUACCAGGCGACGAAGGACCCGCCACGCAGACCCAGUUCCACAGGAAGCGGGGAAGGAUUCGCUUCGCGCCUGGACUUCUACAGCAUGGCGACGGACGGCGAUGACGUAGGUCAGGGCGCUGCUCGUGGUCUACUUCGGCGCGAGUCAGUGCGCGGCGGCGCACGGGGCUCGCAGUCGCAUGAUGAAGGUGAAGGAAUUGGUUGCGCAGCAGCGUGGGGGAUGCUUUGGCAAGAUGUGCAGCAAGUUGCCUCGGAGGUAUAGCGGCAGCAGCGUCACAGGGGUGGAAGGCGUGAAGUCGCAGACCACAAGUGAGCGGCGGGGCGUCGGUUCCGAUUCAGCAAGGAGACCCAAACAGGCCAGCAGACAGUCAAAGGCGUCACCCUGAGGCUGCGAGCGCGAUCCAAGCCCAGAAGGCUGAGCAUGUUGCGAGGGAGGUCGACGCCAGGGGUGAAGAGUCUGCUGCGAGGAGCUCAACAGGCAAGCGGUGGCGGCACGGCUGUGGUGCCUGCGGGUUUGUCAACUAGCUCGGGCGCAACUCUACCGGCCUGGCAAGCAGUAGCGACGUCCAGGACAGCUGCGGCCUCUUCUCUUUCUUCUACGAAAACUACUAAGAAUACGAUCAAAGGCCAGGCUUUCGCGGUUAUGAAGGCAAGCAGAGCGCUGAGGCACUUGGUCGGGCGUUCAGAAGUAGUUGAUGCGCGAUGCUAUCGCGUAACGGAAGGCAGCGAAGCAACCAGGGGCGGGCAGUCGUUUGCCGUGUUUCGGGUGAAAGGUCCUGCGGCUGACUUCAAGAGCCUCGGGCCGUGGAAGCGGUUCCAGACAGCGCGCGAAGCUCGCGCUCACAUCUUAGGCAAUUUCUUGGGGGUGGCGCGGUCUCUGUCGGGAAUCUUGCUAGAACUUGUUCUGGGUUCCAUCGGUUUCGCCGCUGCGGUUCCAACUUCUGCGCCUGCAGUAUCAGCGUCUUCCGGUGAGGCACACUCGGCGCCUCGUUAUAAGGCGGCUGAGUUUCCACAGGUCCGGAACGAUGCGAGCAAGCCAGUUACGCUUCGCCUCAGCUCGGCUGAAGGGUUUUACAUGGAGCGACGUGCGGCAAAGAGGUGGCUGCAACUGGUUGGGAAAGCACCGGGGCGGGCGUGGGAGGAUUUUCUCAUGCAGUUGGAACCAGAAUCAGCAGCAAGUCGCACGCUCAAGGCAAUCCUGGCGGAAUGCUGAGAAGGAGGCGACGAAGGAGAGGAUGACGCACACGCGGCGGCGCUGGAGGAGAUUUGCCACCGUGGAGCAGCAGCGGCGAACUUGACUCCGGGGAAGGAGUCAGGGCUAGACGCUGCUCGCCUGCGUGUGGUGUACGCAGAACGAGGAGGCGGAGCUGGCUCAACAGACUCUGCGACGCAGGUGCGGGAGCGGUUCGACGUCUUGACGACUCGGCGAGCGGAGACCGGCAGGCGCGUUGCUAAACUUGGCGACCCAGCUGGAGCAGAGGGGUCCCUCACUUCUUUUCGUGCUCGUCGGUCUCCUUGCGCCCGCUGGCCUCCCGGCCGAGUACUCGGCCCGGGUUCCGGCAAAGAUGGCCGCAGCGGUAAGGGUAUACUUGGAGCUCUGCAAGGAUCUAAAUCGGCCCCAUCCUCCUCGGCAGCCACAGUGGGCAGAACUGCUGCGCAUGUCUUGCAGGCUUUUGAAGCAGUGGCUGCCGAAGAGCAAGUUUCUCGUGCGGAAGAGAAGCGCUACGCUGCGCAAACUGGAGAGCUUCGCAGCGUGGACAACGGAGCAGAGGGCGCGGACUCGGUUGAACGAAGAAGAUGGUGACGCAGAGCAAGAGCAGGACGCUGAGCAUGGAAGCUAUCGCCUGGCAGCACAAGCAGACACGGGCGGAGCUGUGGGGCUUGUUGUGGAGCAGACUCUUACUGCUAACCAGUGCGGCGGGGAGCACCCCGGUGCGUGUCGUCGUGAUUGCGAUCGCGACAUGGCUUACUGUUUGCUGGUCUAUCCGGAUAUAUAAGCUUCGGCGUCAGACCUGCAAAGCGUGCAGCGAUCUGAACGGGCAGCAGGUGCGGCGUGCUGUCUGUCUACCGUGGGAAAAGCAGGGCGCAAAUACUCUGCGCCUGACGAAGCGAGCGCAGCAAGGUGACAAAGCGCGGACGGCAGAGCAACUAGCGCGGUCGCCUCGAGGGUUUUGCUUUCGACCUUUGUGCAAGGCUACUGGUGCAAGCAGCGAUAUGCCAGCGAGCACCUCAAGCUUCCGGAUUGGGUCAAAGAGAUGAGGGAGGAGCGCAGGAAGCUGGACUCGGCCGGGCGGAGGGAGUGGCGGCGGCGCUUCUCUCGCAUGGCAGAGCUGCGCAGCAAGGGCAUAGCGCCACAAACAACGGCGGCGCGGUCAGGUGCUGCACCUAGCGGGAGCAAGGAAAUUCUUGGCAUGCGUGGCGCUCUUGUUCUGUUGCGUGGAGAUUGCACGGGGGCCACCGGCGCCAAGGUCAGCCUCAGGCUGACAGAGCGGCCAGCAGAGUUUCUGCAGCUGGUGCAAGCUGCUGCCAGCGGUGAAGAAAAGGAGCCAGCUCGGCUGGUAGAGCUGGAUCUCCCGGAGAAGUGUGACAAGUUCACCGCGGAGAAUUUCGGCGAGCUUUGUGCGGAGACUGCUGGGCUAUUGGAGUUGGACGCGGAGAGGUUCCUCGUCUGGGUGGCGGCGAAUGUCGUGGCGCAGCCUUCUAGUGCAGUGGAUGAGCCAGGUGCUGCCGACUCGGGGGGCGGGUCUAUCGCAUUGGACAGGCCGGAGCAACUUCCCCAGCGUGCCUUCGUUCGACUGUAUAUGUCUAGUGGUGAGGGGGCAGAGCACAGCGCGGCGGCGCAUUUAGACACUGGCAGCACGGUAGGCCGCAAGUCGCGGCAGGCCGUUGGUGACAAUUGCGCGAUGUCCAUGGAUAAGGUUCAGCAGCUGCGACUUCCCCUGGUGCACAGGCCUGGCGUGGCCGCCAUCACUGAAGGCGCAAAGGAGGCGACCCAUGCUCGCCGGUGCGAGUCACUAGCGUCCCAGUUGGAGAACUCACAUGACACACGCGGACAGCGCUCCGGCCCAAUUUCCAAGAAGUUCCCAGCUUUGGAUGGGUUGACGGACGGGAUUAACUUGGGCCACAGCACCGCACGCUUCGCAGCUUGGGGCUGUGGUUGUGCUCCGGUGGAAAUUCUUCAGGGCCCCCGGGUGCGCAGUUGGGACACUUUGCUCUGCUGGCGGAUCCGGGGCAAGGUCUUGGUGCAGAUUCGUCUCGGUAUGACGCAGCGGAGCUGCUCGGUGAGGGCUUCGCGCAGCAGCGGGGUUCGCAGUGGUUCUGCGUUCCUCUGGUUCAUCAUUCUGCAGCAGAGUCGUUUCGUCUGAAGCUUGUUGCGGCAGAGUGCAGCGCGGGGCUUGGCCCUGGUGAGCCAAUCCCGGUUGACCUUGACGUGGCGGAUUUUGCGUGGGACACAAUUCGGGGCGCAGCAGCUUAUGUCGUGGACAUGUCGCCUACUGGUGACGGCUUUGCCCAUCGUCUUGCACCGGGAUCAGUUCACGGCCGUGGAUUAUAACCCGGGUGAGGAGCUGACAGUCCAGGCGACAAACCGGAGCGCCCGGGUCCGCUCGUUUGGGCAUGGACUCUCAAGCGUGUGCCAGGGCUGUUGGCCCCUACUGGAGACGGAAUCGCGACACCGCUCAAGAUCGGCCGUGACUGGUUUGAUAACUCCAACGAAGACGAGAGCGACAGACAUGCGCCUGCGCCGGUUGAAGGAUGCAGCACGGCGGAAGCAGCAGGCGACGCCGGUGCCCUUGGGGUUGUCGCAGAUAUUCCGCCUUCGCAGCACAAGGAGCAGAAGGCGCGGAAGGUCCGCGACGACAGGGCGCACCCAAUUCGCCAGUGGUAUUCAGGGCAUGGACAUGCGGCGGCGGGGCAGCAAGCUGCGCCUCUGUUGUCAACCACCCUGGCAGCGUUCGCUGGGGUAGCGUCUUUCGCUAUCUUCUUGACCGCGCUGCUACAAGGGGGUAGCAGCUUUCGAGCGUCACCAAGCGAAGGCGCGGAAGCUGAAAGUGACGCGCUACCGGGCAGCACCAGCAUAGAUCAACACGCUGCCGGCCAUUGGCCAGAGGAGGAGCCGCUGUCACGUCACCGGCUGAGGCGUUGUGACUUAUUGGCGAAGGGCUGCGAGCUCGGGUGGGGGCAGCGCGGGCCAUUGUAGACUCACCUGACGCAGCAGAUGCGGCGGGCGGAUAUUGUUGGGCAGGUGUCCUUCAUGGUUAUAGGUGGACUCCUGCUGAGUUGAAUCCUGGCAGGAUAGUCCGGCUGAAGUGACCUGCUCGAAGGCAGCAGGGGCUAGGCCGUCUGGUCGUGACUCAGGACGCGCGGCGGAGUCGUGGAGGGGCUUCACCCUUGCGCAGGGCGCUGAGAAGGCCGUCUUGCACUUGCAGGCAUUGCAUCGCUGCGGGGGACGGACGAGCGAGAGCUGGCGAAGAUGGGGGAGUUUCUGCGGACGUGGCGAGAAGAGAACGUGACGCAGCGGCGGAAGCGGAUAAACCGACAGGCGCGCCGUGCGCGGGAGCGGAUGUUCGGACGCGGGAGCACAUCAACAGAAGCAGCGCAGCGCCGCAGAUGGUGCAGUCAGGCUGUUGGUGGUCCAAGCGGUUGGCACGCACAUACUCAGCGCUGGGCUGAAGAAGACACUCCUUUCUGGAAGCUCGCGGGGCUGUUCGAUGAUGAGGCGGCGACACGGGUGCAAAAUAUGCCAGUGGCGGCGCAGUUGGCGCAGGUUUUGCCCCGCUCUUCGCGUUCUGACGACCCUGAGCUGCAGCAGCUUGGGCGGCGUUCCUUCGACGCUUGGCAGAUUUGAAAAGAGCCCGAGGAGAAAGGCGAGACAGGUGCUGCUGUAGGCGGAACCCCCAAAAAUGACCGCGGUCAUUUUUCGAAGUGAGGAGAUGGCCCUGGUGAGCUGACUGAGGAAGAAGGGCCUCCUCGUGAGAUUGCGGAGAAAUCAGAAAAGCUUGAGCGAGGUGCGGGGCUGCUGUCGAAGGGCUCACCAGAGUGGAAGCAAGUGGUGCGUGACUAUUGGGCUGAGGACAGGGGGCGCCUAGCUGGGGGGCUUAGUGGUCUAGAAUUCGCUGACUUCUUGGGCCGAUGAGGUGACCACGCCGAAAGCAGUCUCGCUGUUUGAUGCCGGGCGUGAGUAUCAUUCUCUUUCGAUCAAGAUUCUGGUGCCGGGCCACGCGCCUGCUGCCUCGUCUUCCCCUCGUCCUUACGAUCUCGGGCCGCUGCCUGGACCGCCUGCGAAUGGAAUUGAUUCAGCUUGCGGGAAGCAUUUGCAGAGGGGAAGUGCGUGAAGUUUGACCCGUGGGAGCGUGCUUCCCCUUUGAUGCUCAGCCUAGCGCUCUUGGCAGUGUGCAAAGGCCACGAAACAAAGCGGAGCGUGGUUGACUUUCGCAAGUUUAACACCUUGGCGCAGAGUGUGCUCUUUGAGAUGCUGCAGCAGGGCUUGACCUGUUCGAAAUUACUCCAGCGGAGUGGUUGCCUUUUCGCUGCGUUGGGCCUUGCUCUUGGUUCUGGCCAGCUUUCUCUUCCCCCGGUGUUGCAGAGGUUGUUGGCGUGGACGACCGGGGGCGGAGCAUAUUCCCAAACGCGGAUGCCGCUCGGGCUUGUUUGGGCGCCAGCAGUUUCCCAGGCAUGGAGAGGGCCAACCUUCGAAAAGUUGAAGGGUGCCAGCGUUCGCGAAUUUUGCAGCGUUUAGACCGAUGGCCUCUGUCUCGAUGCAGUUAGUUAGGCCGGGCUCAGGGAUCGCGCGCUGACGCUCUUCCGGGCGUGCAAAGAGGCGGGCCCCUGUCUGUCGUUACGGAAGUCGUGCCUCGGCUGCAAGUCGUUGGAGAUCCUCGGGCACAUGUUCAGCGCGGCAGGCAGGACCCCAACGAAGAAGCGCCGCGACGCGUUGCGGGAUUGGUCUGCCCCCCGCUCUCGGGCGGAUCUAGUUUCAGCGGUGGGUUUCGCCGACUUCUCUCGUGAGUUCAUGCCAGACUUCAGCGAAGUAGUAGCGCCCCUGCGGAAAUGGAUCAGCAAGAGGGGCAGCGUUCGCGGGUUGCACAGCUUUCCCAAAGCUUUGGCUGCUUUUGAUCGUCUGCGCAAAAGUUUGCGUCAUGAUGUUCCGCCUAAGGCGUUGGAUCUGCAGCCGGCGCAGCAGCAGCUUUUGAAGACGAGCGGGCGGCCUAUAGUAGUGCCUCUGGGUGCUAGUCUUUUUGGGCGUGGUUUCGUGAUUGCGCAAGCUGAUCGUCGGCAUGGGGCGUUGCGGCUGAUCGUGGCGCGGCGUCGGAGCUUUGCGCCGGGGGACUCAAGCUUUGGAACUUUUGCGCGAGAGCUCGUGGCGGUGAAGUUGUUUGCUGGCCUGGGGCUGCAACUGGUCCAAGGGCGUGAGAUUUUUAUGUUCUUCGACCCCAAGAACUUGGGCCCAAGUGCCCUCGAGGAGGUCGCGCUUUCGCAGGUCAAGCCCGCAAAGGUGCAGCGAUGGGUCGGGAGCACUCUACCGAAACUCAGCAGCCCGCUGAUUCAUAGGGCUCACACCACCGACCCAGCGGAGAGGUGAACCCGCUGGCGAGCAUUCUGCCAAGGCGGGCAUCCGGCGGACCGUUCUCGGGAAGAGAUCCUCGAGGGGGCCAGGGACGUACUCGCACAAGUUCCGCGUGGUGUGGCAGGUUGCGCGCGAUGGCUGUUCACAGAUCCCCAACGAGUAGCAGACGCGCCGAAGAUUGGCGACCAAGUUGCUGACACUGGGGGCCUGGGCGCUCCUGAUAUCGCUGCGGGCUCGCUAAGCUUGCAGCUGCUGAAGCUUCGCGACAAGACCGGGCAGCGCCGUGGCGCGGUUGUCUCGGACAAGACGCGUCGCGCUUUCGCUUACCUGACGGAGGCGCGUCCAGGAUACGCAAAGGCAUUCGGGGCGGCUUUGCAGUACGUCGGUCGCGACCAAGGUGAUGGCGCCUGACGUUACAGCCCAAGCGCGCCUGAAGAGGUUCAGCGCGGGCCGGUGUACUUCACCAAGCUGGUAGACGAAGAACAAAUCCGACAGGAAGAGCCGCAGCUAGCAGCAGGGUGCCAGAAGCAGCUGGCGGCGGUGCGCUUGCCGUGGUCUCGGGCAGAGUCUGCACUUCAACCAGGUGCGCAAGAAAGUUUGUCCUCAUUUGAGGCGGAGCCCGUAUGUAGCGCGGGCGCCAAGGGCGGCCGCCAUGCUUUGCGCGUGCAAGUGUGGCACAGGAUUGGGAACGAGGAGAGGGCAGAGGCGCUGCCGAGAAAACGCAGGACGAGAGCCAUCGCGGCGCGGCCCGACGAAAUCCAAGAGCGGCCUGCUGAAUUGGGCCAGCAGCUUCGUAGCGAAGAACCUGAAGAAGAAGGUGCGGGCGCUGGUGGUGAUCUGCUUGCACCAGUUGCACCCGCAGGCGCGGCGCAAGUCCCAGCUCCGGACGAGCCUGGCUAAGGUCCUCCAAAGGGGGCUCAGCCUGGGCUUCAACCAGCACAGGAGGGCGCGGCUUUUUGGGUAAAUUCGUUGCUUUCUACAGCAGCCGCAGAUGCAGACGCAGGUUGCUCGUCCCCGGGAUGCUUCUCGGCCGUUGUUGGAUUUGCAAGAGAACCCAGACCCGGAGCCGGCUGGUAGUGCAGGGCGCGCGCUGCUGCUCUCCCAGAUGUCCUUCGAGAAGCAGCGCGCCCCGGAGUACGUGCGGGCGGUAGUGGUGCCGCAACGAUACUACAACGCCAAAGAAAAUUGGGGCCGCACGCGGUUGCUUUUAGUGUCGGCGAAGAUAGGAGCGCCUCGGAGGCACCCCGGCAGCGAUGGGAUCAGUUGGCAGUAGUGUGGGCCUGGGUAGUUUCUGGGGGAAGGGCGAUAGGAUGCUGCUGGUGUAUGGAUCAGAAGCAGCGAGAGCGGAGGUGGAGCCUGAUGAACUUCGGCAAAGUGUGGACUUGGACAGUGUGAGGAUGGCACAGCUACAGCGGGCAGCUUUUCCAAUCCACUACUGGACACUCGAGCAGGAUGCCAGCUGUCGCCAAGCUCCUGCUCUGCUUGUGGGACGUGGCGCGAAGCGGUGGCCGACCAAGUGGGUCAAGGAAGCCGUAGAUCAGUGCUGCUACCGCAAUUACCGGCCUGGCGGUCAGGAUUGUCUCGCACACCUUGAGCCUGAUGGGGAGUAGAGGUUGAUCGCGCCACCGGGUAAGCUGGUCGAUGGUUUUCCAGGGCAUGAGACCGCUGGGGAGCGCUUGCCUUUUCCUAGUGGUGAUAUCAGUGCGCGCGAUUUCCUCAUAUGAAAGGCUCACCGCUCAGCAGAGGGCGCGGCGCAUGCUGGGGGGUGCGCGCCUUUCGUGGAGAUGCGGCGGAGUCGAUUGACCUGGCAUACGAUGCGGAAAGGCUGGCGCGACUUCGUGGCGCGGUGCCCUUGUUGCAACGAACAUCAACCGCAUGGAGAAAGCCGCCAUCUCUAUGACUUCGGAAGCGUUGGGGUGCGCUAGAUUUUUCUGCGCGGUAGUGUCUGACUAGGCCAGUCCGUUCGCGGAGACGUGAAGAGGAAGCAGCUACAUCUUCACGGCGGUGGAUGUUUUUAGCGGUCUGCGCUUUGUCUUCGUGACGAAGGGCAAAACGGUGAAGGCGGCGAUCGAGUGCCUCCGCAAAAUCUUCAAGCGGUAUGGCCCUCCCCUGCGGUGUCGUGUGGGCCACGGUUUUGAGCACUUCCGCGGUAAAGGAUGCGGCGGGCUGGCUGCGCACUUGGUUGCGGAGAGGGUGCCUUGCUGUGAACUUUCGGCCGGGGGCAUCUCCAAGGACAGAACGCGGCGGAGUGUGUUCGCAAGUAUUGCGCUCAUCAUUGCAGAGCGGGCCCCGCUGGUCCGCUCCCAUUAGCAGACUAGCUACGGCGAAAGAGUGGAAGGCGUGGCGCUAGCGCUCAACAGGAUGCCAAACGAGUUACGCGGAGGUAAGUGCUGCGCGCUGGGGGUGCUCGGAUUGGAUGGCUGGGGCAGCCUUUUCAUGGAUUUACGGCCGCAGUUUUUGGAGCGCGGCUGCGGUGUGCUGCGGCAUUCGUUCGGAGACGCAUUAGACCGCCCGGAGCGAGGUCGGCGCGAGUUGGGUUACCUGCAGCUAGAAGACAGCGCUGAGGCUGCUGAACGAAGCCGCAAGAAGCUCAUCGCAAAACGUGGGCUGCGUUUUUUCGAUUUCACGUUCGGCGAUUUGGUGCAGGUGGGGCUGCCUUUCGCCGAGGAGCGUUCAAAGCAAGAGCUGCGUGGGGUUUACGGGCGACCGGGGUACGCGGUUGCCAACUUGCUUGAUCGGGCCGCGUAUCCAGAGGACCGCACGGGAAGCGACAAGAUUCCGACCAAGCAAGAGCCUUGUCAGCCUGGACCGGUUGGCAGUGCUUGGACAUGUUCGCGACUUCGCUCGCCUGGACUUUCCUGUCACGUCAUCCAGGGGGCGAGGCUGGUGCAGAGACGCACGCACUUGGCGCGAUUCGGCAACGGUGCAGUUUGCCGAUGAGGAGCCGCGAAGCGUUCGCUCUCGGCAGUUCUUUUUGGACAGCAUGGCGAUCCCGACGCGGGUCGCAGAGUGAGGAGCCCGGUCAGCGGGUGCAGCAGUCGCUCUUCUGCUGUAUUCGUUGCUCAAAAUGCUGCACUGUUCGAGCGCAGAGCGGGGGGCCAUUUGGGUAGGGCUUUUCUCGCUCUUUGCUCGCCCAAUGCAGAGCUUUGGGGUGGGUUGCUUUAUUUUGGAAGCGCAGCGGAGAAAAAGGCGCAGCUUCUGGUAAAGGAGAGGCUGAGCGCGGGACGGUUGUAGAGCUGUGCUUUAGCUUGGGGCUUGAAGGUGGUGAAGGUCGAGGUGGGUGGCAGGCCCUUCUCAUGAGUUUGGAGAAUCAAUGGAUAAGGAGGGCAGACUUCUGGGAAUUCUUAGAACAGGCGCGCAGUCUGCUUGUGUUGGUUAUUUGGGUAAUUUUCCAACACUAAGAUGCUAAGUGAGUAAGAUCUUGAAACCUUCAACGCCUCAGCAGGAGGCCGCGCAAGAUCCUUAGAAAUGUUCAGUGCACCAGUUAAAAGACCCUGACCUCCUUGGCCAUCAGGACGGAGCCCCGUCGAUCGUCAUAAGUGCGGGAUCUUCUGGGGCGGCUGUUCCGCUCUAGGUUCUUCGCGUGAGUAAGUAAGUAGGUAGAGACUUUGGGUCAAGGAUAGAAAUGACCGCGGUCAGUUCUAGGACUUAUGCUCCUGGUUCAAGUUGUUGGAUCCUCAAGAGAAUGCAAGCGCUCAAAACUUGCGUUCGUAUGAAAAAGCCUGACUCGAUGAUGACCAUCGCAGACCACGGAGUUUUCGUGCUUUCUUACUUUGUCUUGCUGCCGUUUGGCUCAAGACUUCGAUCAGGAUUUUAUUGGAUUUGAAUGGCGUGGUGAUGCGUAAAGCUUCUAGUGCGGAUUAGCGUCACUGAUUGUUCUUUCCCCUGUUUUCCCUGCGUUAUAGAUUUUGAUCAAACGAUAUCGUUAGGUAUUGGCGCCGUCUGUGAUCGUCGUUUCGGAUGAAUCGCAAGACUCCGGCAGCGAAUGCCCGCACUUGAUCUUCGAGAACGGUUCGUGUCUGCAGGAUGACCAGGAACACUAUGAGCAGUUCUGGCGAUACAGAUGCGCUGGGAGUCUUGAUGGGGUUGGCGGUAGUAGCUUCGCAGAACUUCAUCCAGUAGAACUAGCUGCAUCUGAGUGGGUUUGGCAUGGUGCUGCAGCCACUGGGUUCAUCUCUAUACUAGUGGUUAUUUACUUCUUCUUGUGUCGCAGCGCAGCGGCUGCUGCUGCUCCACCCCCUCGUGCAGGUAGCGCCUUUGCUGGUAGCUCUCUCGAAAACAGUGCAGGAGAUCAUGACGAGCAGCAUCACAACAAGAACUAUGGCUCGACAAGCUCGAAGGACGACCCUUUCUUGUUCUACAUCGAGCGUGCGGAUGAUGAUCAUCAUUCUCGCAGCGACACUGAGCAUGAGUCCUCGUCUACUGCAGCAAGAAGCAACGAGACCACCGCUCACCACGAAGGCGCAGAGCGAUUAUCUGCAGUGAAGAAGCGCGCAGGUCACGCUAAGAACCUCAAGAAGCUCGCAGGUGACAGCAGCAAGGACGAGCUUAGUGUCGAUGAUGAUCAACCAGAUUUCACGUUUGGCAGAAAUGGCGCUUCUUCUUCAGUAGUAGGUGCAGGGAUUCGAGAAUGCCAGUCAGCAGCCAGACAGCGAGUACUGCCGAGUCGAGAGCUGGAGGAGGCUGGCAGCGAGACGUUUUGAAAACUCCAUGAGGUGAGAAGUUGAAAUGUUUCUUCCACGUCUUGACUUUUGUGACUGCGGGUGACAGCAGAUGUAAGUCUAUGCGAGACCGCUGUUCCUGAUGCCUGAAGGACGAUGCAGACAUACGUUUUUUCCACCAAGUAGAACCUUAUUCAUCAUGUUGUACAGGGAUCCAUUGUUUCGCAUACUUACUUGAGACAACUGAAGAUAUUAGCUGUGUUCUGUAUACCCUCUGAGAUAAAAAUAGAUACUAUGAACGUAGAAGAAAAUUUCUAUGGCGUCGUCAACUCAUUCAUGUACUGCUAAACAAACCAAAAACAAAAGGGUGAACAGCUUGUGCUGUUCUGUGGAGGAGGCCCUGAAACUGCCUCAAAGGCGCUCGG